CAAUCAUGAAUUUCUCAACUGUCAAAAUAUAAUUCCAUAGCGUUGAUAACAUUACCCAGUUUAACCUAUCUUUUUAACGUUUAAAUUGUGUAAUCUUGAUUUACGUUUGCUAUUUUUAUUAUUCUAUAAAUAAUAUAUAAAUAAUAUAUAAAUAAUAUAUAAAACUAUAUAAUCUAUACCUUUUAUUAAAUAAAAUUAAAUUGUUUCGAUUAUAAUAUAAAAAAAAGUUAUUUUUUGCAAUGUUUCUAAUUUAAUAAAAGAUGAAAGCUAAAUGAUAAAUAUAUAUUUAAUAACAAUUAUUUUGAGUGAUUUAUUAACGUUAUGAGUAAUUUAACAAAUAAAUUGCGGAUACUUGCAAUUCAUGGAUAUGCUCAAUCAGAUGAUAUUUUUAAAACAAAAUUAGGCUCUUUACGAAAAGGAUUUAAAAGAGAAAUUGAUUUCGUAUUUUUAAAAGCACCACAUAAAGUUCCAAUGAAAAGUAAUUUUGAUAUUGAUGAUGUUGAAGAAGCAUAUGGAUGGUGGUUCAAUACAAAAGAUCAUAUAUUUAAAGCAAUUGUGCCAAGUAACUCAGUUAUAGGUUUUGAAGAUAGUAUAACUGUAAUUGAAAAGGCAUUUCAAGAAUCUGGACCUUUUGAUGGCAUUUUAGGAUUUUCACAAGGUGCAGCAUUUGUUAUUAUACUUUGUUUUAUGCAACAAAAAAAUUUGUUACAAAUCAAAUUUGAUUUUGCAAUUAUUAUAUCGGGAUUUAAGUCAUUAUGUGCACCUCAUGCAAUAUAUUAUGAUGGAAAAAUAAACAUACCUUCUUUACACAUAUAUGGAAAAACUGAUAAAGUUAUACCAACAGAAAUGGCAGAAGAAAUUACUGAAAUGUUUAUAAAUAAAAUAAAAAUGACACAUGAAGGAGGCCAUUAUAUACCAAGUAAGAAAGAAUAUUAUAAAGAAUUUAUUAUGAAAAUGUUUUUAAAUAAAAACAAAAAUAAUUAGAAAUGUUUAAUUAUUAUAUAUCUUAUGAUAUAUAAAAAAUAUUAUUUAUAUUAAAAUAUAAACAAUAUAAAUCUAUAUAAAUUGUAAAAUAUAAGUACAAGUAAAAUAUUAGAGCAAUAUUAGUAAAUUUAUUUAAAUCAAUUGUAAGUAAACAUUGUAUAAUAUUUACUAGAAAUGAAAUUUGUUAACAUUUUAUAUUUAGAGUUUUAUAUAUAGUAGCCAAGAUAAGAGAACAUAAAUAUAAUAAUAAAUUGAAAUGAUUUUAUUCAAA